UCCUCCCGUCGCCAUGGCAGCGGUGGGAAGCGGGGAUGUGUCGGCGCCAUCCGCCACGGAUUCCUCCAGAGGCUCAAAGAUGAGAGGGAGGGACUCGGACGACAUGGUGCCCUCCGUGGCGUCGUCCUGAGACGGCGGUGCGGCUGUGUCUGCUGUGUCCGUGGAAAAACGAGAGCAGGUCUGGCUGCCUCUGUCCAAAGGCUCUCCAUGCUGUCCUCUUUGGGCAUCAAGUUGGCUUCAAUGUCAGGUAAGAGUGGUUCUGGUGGUGUGGCCAUGAGCGCACCUUCAUGGUCCCACAGCGGUAAAGGCGUGAAGGUCUGAGGGGACGGUGUGGAUGGAGUGGAGGAGGCAGGACUGUUAAUCCCAAAUGAUGGAUUCGGAUGCAGAGUGGAGGAUAUCCACCUUGUCUGUGCAUCUUCGUCACCAUCCUGCGUGUCCUCCUGGUCUCUCGGCGUACUUGUCCUUGGAGAAAUCAGCACAGCUUCACGGUCGCCCUUUUUUAAGCUUCCCAUGCCUGCAGCUUCUUGCAUCCUCAUCCUCCUCCUCCUCCUCGUGUCAGGCGGCCUAGAUUCCACAUGGAGACUGUCCCUGUUUUGCGCCAGCGCCACAACCCCCCCGUGUCUCCACGCCGGUCCAUGUGAGCCUGUGCCCACCUCCAGAAGCAGGCCGCUCACAUAGCUCCCAUAGCUCCCAUCUCUUGACCUGGGUGUCUCUGGUGCACCGGCACGUGCUCCUGGGUGCUGCUGGACUGGACUUCCACACGCACACAGCCAUGCCCCGGCCAGGAGGAAGUGAUUGAGCGUGUGCAACAUCAGCAUCUUCUGUCUGCUCUCAGUGCCUGCAGGAUGUGGAUACACAUGACAAAUGCUAAGAGGCUUAAAGUGAAGUGUUGGAACUUCUAUUAUUCUGUCAGGCUAUACCUUAAAGGGACAGUGCAUGUGUACUUUUCUCAAUUUUGCUUACCUGAGUGUAGUACAUGCACCAUUUGAAUGUUUUGGUACAAAUCAAAAGGAAUUGCCUCUACAAAAAUAGCACAUACUCAAUUUUGUAAGAAUACAUUCAUGUGAUAUGUCACAAAAUAACCAGGAGGUUAUUUUUCAGUUAAUUUUGCAUCCUAUUUUUGUUUGUUUCUUUCGGCUUUUUCCUUACCUUUGAUCCGCAGAGUAUAUUAUAGCAAUAAUAAUCUGAUUCGCUGUGUCAUGGUUGCAAAAUAACUAUAAGCAUCGUUAUGUGAUGCACAAAGAUCCACGAAAUAACAUCAUACGAGCCCACUUCCCCGUUAAGGGCUAAUUUGUGCAGCCACGUAUGCUUCGUAAACAAGCAAACGCUGAGCUACUGAAGCACGCCUCAAAUUAUUAAAUAUAUACUCUUGUGCAUAUAUACUGAUAAGCGCCACUGAGCAUAUAAAUGACCGUGAAAGUCGCAUCGGUCUAAAAAUAAACCCGUGUCUUUUACCUUGCGGAGAUUGUCAUGAUGGAUGGCAGACGCCGGAGGAUGCGACGGGAAUUUGGGUGCGUGUGCGUGUGCGUGUGUGAGGAUGCAAAGAGGAUUUUCGGUGGUGGUGGUGUUGCAGCUUCAAGUCCUGCCACUAGACGCCUUAUAUCCAAGACAGUCGUGCAAAUGGCAUUGAAGCCAAUAUUUUUGUGUAAAUUUGAUUUAAAUACUAAUUAAUCUUCAUAGUUGCGUAAUUUAUGCACGCUUAUAUUAUCGUACACAUGCCCUAACACGACACAAACUACUUAAAUAUAUGUAGUAAUUUAAAAGCCGGGAAUUAAAUUAAUAGUUUUGCUUUUUUUAGGAAUAGUUUGACGCAUUUUUGGACAGGCGCCUUUACGUGACGUCAUUGCUCCGCUCAAGCCCCAACGUUCACCAACCGGAAGUUAGCAGAUUUUUUUCCUCCCCGCCCCUCAUCUUAGGAUAGUAAUUAUGUGAAAAGACGGUUUGACAUAUGCGCCGUUAUUUCGCCGAAUAGACUUAAAUAACUUUACGAUGCCAUUGUUUGAUGGUCUGGGAAGUGGAGCGGAGAAGACGGCCAUCGUCAUUGAUUUGGGAGGAGCGUACACAAAAUGCGGCUUUGCAGGGGAAACGGGGCCCAGGUUCAUAAUUCCGAGCGAGAUCCGGAAGCCGGGCCAGCAGCAGGCCACCAAAGUGGUCCAGUACAACAUGAACACAGAAGAGCUCUAUGUCAUCCUCAAAGAGUUUAUCCACACACUCUACUUCAGGCACCUGUUGGUGAACCCUCGCGACAGAAGAGUGGUCGUUAUCGAGUCCAUCCUCUGCCCGUCCCACUUCAGAGAGACUCUCACCAAGGUUUUCUUCAAACAGUUUGAGGUGCCCUCUGUGCUGUUUGCACCAAGUCACCUGAUGGCCAUCAUGACUUUGGGCAUCAACUCUGCUCUUGUGAUGGACUGCGGCCACACGGAGACACUGGUACUGCCUGUUUACGAGUGCACUCCCAUCCUGCCUGCCUGGGAGGCCUUGCCUUUGGGUGGAAAAGCCAUCCACAAAGAACUGAAGGCUGUUCUUGAGGAGCAGUGCACAGUAGACACGGACACCACCACAGGACUGACUGUACCAGCCAGCAUUGGAACAAUCCCAGAGGAGACCGUGGAGGACAUUAAGGUGAGAACGUGCUUCGUCAGCGACCUGCAGCGAGGCCUCAAGAUUCAGGAGGCCAAGUUCAAUCUGGAUGGUAAAGCUGAGCGUCCAGCCCCGCCUCCUGAUGUUGAUUAUCCUCUGGAUGGACAGAAGAUCCUGCACAUCAAAGGAUCCAUCAGGGACUCACUGAUGGAGAUUCUGUUCGAGCAGGACAACGAGGAGAAGAGCGUGGCCUCGCUGAUACUCGACACUCUGGUGAAGUGUCCCAUUGAUGCACGCAAAGUGCUGUCUGAGAACUUGGUGGUCAUUGGCGGGACGGCCAUGUUGCCGGGCUUCCUUCACCGGCUGCUGGCCGAGAUACGCCUCCUAGUGGAGAGGCCCAAGUACCGUGACGUCCUGGCCAGCAAGAGCUUCCGCAUCCACUUGCCGCCCGCCAAGCCCAAUUGUACUGCUUGGCUGGGAGGCGCCAUCUUUGGUGCGCUGCAGGACAUCCUGGGCAGCAGGUCGGUGUCUCGGGACUACUACAACCAGACGGGACGCAUCCCCGAUUGGUGCUGUCUUAGCUCUCCUCCGCCUGAGUCCCUUUACGAGGCCGGCAAGACCCCGCCUCCGCUCAUGAAGAGAGCCUUCUCCACUGAAAAGUAGAUCAAGUAUGGAACACCCUCUCUCUCUCUCACAUAGGCUACAUAUCUUCCAGUACAUGUCAUAUUUCAGUGUUAAAAUGGUCUCAGUGGGCUAACUUCUACUAAAUGUUGGCACUUGAGGCACUUUAUUUAUUAUUUGCACUGCUGAAAUAAAACCUCCUGCGCGUG